ACGUAAUAGUACAUGUAGUACAUGUACAUAAUUGAAAAGUCAAUAAUUAUUUUAAUUGUGGUGCAGGUACCUAGGUCUACAUGUAGCUGCCGAUCUCGGUAUUUCUCAAUCAGCAUAAUUAUACGAACGUACAGUUUGCCAAGUCACCUGAACAGCAGAACAGGCUGCGCGGCGGCGGCGAUGCCAAGUUGUUGUGUCGUUGGCUGCACAAGCAGGACGAAACAUCCUGCAGGUGUGAGUUUUCACAGGUUCCCGAAGGAUGACCUCUUGGCGAAACGCUGGGAUGUGGCCAUAUGCCGUGAAAACCUACCAGCCAGUUUUCGAAGCACGAGCUAUGUUUGUUCGCUGCAUUUUUGCCAGCAAGACUUUACGGUCCAGAGAGACUUGAGGGCCGAGCUGACAGGUAUGCCCGCUAAGAAGGCCCUCAUCCAUGGAGCAGUGCCCUCAAUUUUUCAGCCUCCAGCGAAGCGGAAACCCAACACGAAGAAGCAACUGCGAAAUCAGGACGAGGUGGAAUAUCGGGAGACUGCGGUGUCACUGGAUAACUUGACAGAUGAUGAGGGUGGUGGAGGACAUGCCGGGCCCAGUAUACAGCUACGAGAUAGCAGUGAUUUGUACUAUGGGGUAGGUGCUGGCGAUGCUGCAGGUGGCGAUAUGGGUGCACUAUCCAAUGAUGAGCAGCAGAAUCAACUAUCCGGUCCCGAGGAUAUGGAUGAUUCCACCGAUGAAGGACUGUCAGGUGCAGCGUAUGCCUCACGCUGUCCACCCAACUCCCUGACAGAUCAAGAAAAGCACAUGUUCCCCGACGUCCAUCGAGCACCAUAUUUGCACAAGCCUUUCAUUUAUUUCCGCAACUUUAUUCUGCAUAUGUUCCUGUCACGCCCGCAAUAUGAACUUACACUUGAUAGUGUCAGAUCUCAUGUGGACUCUUCGCGUACGAAAAAUCAUCAAGAUUUGCUCGAGCGAGUUUUCCAAUACCUUACCAGAGUCGGUCUCAUCAACUUCGGUGUGUAUCGCAGAAUGUCACCCAUCGUAGAACUUGAUGUUCGUCCACGUGUGAUAGUCAUCGGUGCUGGUGUAGCUGGAUUGGCGGCGGCUCGGCAGCUCAUUUCCUUCGGCUUUGAAGUUGUUGUACUCGAAGCUCGGAAAAGAGUUGGUGGUCGAGUUGCUAGUUUCCGCAAGGAGAAUUUUGUGGCCGAUCUUGGAGCCAUGGUUUUGACAGGGCUAGGAGGAAAUCCAUUGGCUGUGCUUUCCAAGCAAAUCUCAAUGGAUCUUUUCAGAAUCCGGCAGACAUGUCCGCUGUACGAUACAUCAGGAGAACCUGUUCCCAAGAGUGUAGAUGUGAUGGUGGAAAAGGAGUUCAACCGGCUACUGGAAGCAUCCGCCUAUCUGGCCCACCAUCUCAAUUUCAGCCACAUCGGUUCGAAAGAGCUUUCCGUUGGCCAGGCGCUGGAAAUGAUUAUCAAGUUGCAAGAGCGCCACGUCAAGGCUAAGCAUCUUGAGCAUCUGAAGCGAAUCGCGGAGGCCCAGGAUAUGCUGAAGGCACUACAGAACGAGAUGAUCACGACACAGACUAAUAUCCACUCGGCUCAGGCAAGGCUGGCAAAUGCUACUUCUCCUGCUGCCGCCGUUGCUGCUGAUGGGUCGGAUUUUGAGUUACGUGGUGCUCACUAUGAUCUCCAAACUGCCUUCAAGGUGUACGAUAGCCAGCUUGUGAAGAGGCAGGAGUUAGAGAUUCGACUGCAACAACUUGAAGAAAAUAUACCAAGUGAAGUCUAUCUAUCAAUCCGUGACCGCCAGAUCUUGGACUGGCACAUUGCUAACUUGGAGUUUGCCAAUGCGACACCAUUAUCCACUGUGUCACUGAAGUAUUGGGAUCAGGACGAUGAUUUUGAGUUCUCAGGUCCGCACAUGACAGUUAGAACUGGCUAUUCGCAAUUACCCAGCAAGUUAGCCGAGGAUCUAGAUAUCCGCUAUGAAACACCCGUCAGGAAUAUCAGCUACACUGAACAUGGUGUGGAGGUGAUAGCGUCCAACCCCACGCCGGCGAGUCCUCCAAUCGUGCACACUGCCAAUGCUGUUUUGGUUACCGUGCCUCUCGGCGUUCUCAAGUGCAAUUCUAUUGUCUUCAAUCCUCCACUGCCCGGCUGGAAAGCUGAUGCCAUACGACGAAUGGGCUUUGGCAAUCUCAACAAGGUCAUCCUCUGUUUUGAGAAAGCGUUCUGGGAUCCAACAGUCAACCUCUUCGGUCAUGUUAACCCAUCUACAGCAGACCGGGGUGAAUGUUUCCUGUUUUGGAAUAUCUACCGAGCUCCAACACUAAUUGCACUAAUCGCUGGGGAGUCUGCUACGAAUCUGGAGCACCUUCCCGAUGACGUCGUUGUUGGAAAGGCACUCGAGGCACUGCGGCACAUAUUCACCGAGGCCAAUGUUCCAACGCCAGUUAAUAGUAUAGUAACAAGGUGGCGAACUGAUCAAUGGGCACGCGGCUCUUAUUCAU